GGUGAAAUCCGGAAAUGACGUAUUUUCGGCGGAGGUCUCUCUGUGUUCUACUGCGCGUUCUAGUAAAAGAAGUUCGACUGACAUGGUGUCAUAACGCAGAUGAAUGAAUCUUGUUUUUAAAAGAAGGACGAUGUGGGUCGUGAGAAGAUUUCUGUCGUCGGUGGUUCAGAGGGCUGCUGUGUUUUAAAGGGAACUCUUUCCGCUGAACCCGCUGCAGGUCACUAUGCGGGGCAGCCCGGCUUACUGCUCCGGCCUCGGCACGGCUCUCUACCGGCGGACCUGGAGAUGCGCCACCUUCAGUGCACCUGCUGCUGGAGGAGCCAGGUCCCCGUGGCGGGUUUUGAGACCUUAAACGCCGCUCUCACCUCGUCCUCCCCCUUGUCGUCUGAGCCCUGUAAGGAGGAGCACAGCAGGACUACCCUGGACACCUGCUACACCUCCGAACAGCGGGACACCAUCCUCCAGCUCCUCAACAACGCCACCUCCGCGGAGCUGGCCGGCGUCAAGCUGCUGAGAGGCCGCAAGUCGCUCAACAUCGUGGACUACAGGACCAAACACGGACCGUUCAAAACUCUGGAGAGCGUGGUGAAUGUCCCGCUGCUGAAGCACAAGAGCGCCGUCAUAGUGUUCAACUCCAUCCUGAACCCCGAGAAGAAGGAGAGGAAGGUGAGGGUACAGCUGGCCAAGUUCAUCAGGCCGGAGGUGGACAGGUCCUGGUUGGAGGAUGCAUCAUCUAUUGUAUCAAUAGUAUGUGGAACUAAUAAAAUCGCCUGGGCCCAUGUGGACCGGGGGAUGACCGUACUAGAGUGGCAACAGAUGGAUUGUCCCAAUUUCUUGAAAGGAACGUACAUGGCUUCUUCUUACCUGAAUGACGUUUCCUCGGUCGUGUCAGUCCUCCCAUCAGCAGAUUUCUAUCUGAUAGAGAAGCCCUCCAUAUCUGUACAGAACACAACUCUGUUUCCUGUCAUGGCCCACAUGAGGACUGUGGAGGCCAUGCUGUUUGCUCUGCUGGAGCCCAGAAUCUCCCCGCCGGAGCCCAAUAUUCCUCCCAGGGUUCUCAACAUGAUAAGGAUCGCUGUGGGACGCCACUUCGACCUGAUUGUAGGGGAAGCUCGGACCAGUGGGGCUCAGGUGGUGCGACAGCUGAUGACUGAAUCAGUAACGCAGAAGUUUCCCAGGAUAAACGUCCCCCAGGAGCUGCUGGCCAAGUACAGGAACUACUUCCAGAUGGGCAGCAGGAGAGGAGGGGAGGAGCUGUGUGACGCUCUUCUGCAGGCUGUGGCGUUUUAUGAGCUCCUCAGUGAAUCUUCCAAUUAGCUGCCCUGGGACUCAUCAUGUUCACUGUACUACAGACUCCUGAGCUGCAUCAGCAGUCCUUUACAGCUUCCAUAGGCUGUUUUAAGGGGAUUAUUACAGAAUGUGUUGUUUCUGUUCCAGUCAUACUGCGAGGUAUUUUCUUUCUGCUGCUGGAGCAUCGUCAUUCCUGAUGGUCUGUGUAAAAUAUGUGAAGACCUCAGUAGUUAAAGCACACCAUGAGUAUUUUUUAACAAAUCCCAGCUAAAAUAGUUUUAUUUACAUUUCCCAUUUGCACUUUUCUGAAAAUAAAACAUGAUUUGUCAACUCAAAAGCAAUAAAUCCACCGGACAGUGUACUGGUAAAAUAAAUACGGUGAAACAUG